UUGGCAGGUUACGUCAAGCUGCCUCCUGAGAAGUUUGCGCAGAAGAAGCCGGGGGGCGAGGCGAGUAAAGAUUUACCCACAGAGCCCAAGAAGUUGCAGCUGAACUCCGCAGAGGAGCUGUACGCGGAAAUACGCGACAAGAACUUCAACGCUGUGGGAGCGGCGCUCAGCAAGAAGGCCAAGAUCAUCUCAGCAGCCUUCGAGGUCGGUCUGCACUCUGCUUUGUUGCUCUCGCAGAUGUUUUGGCUCUCUUCCCCUCAGAGUCCGAACGACAUCUCGUACGUGUACAGCGGCUACGCCCCGCUGAGCGUGCGGCUGACCCAGGUCCUGGCCCGACCCGGGUGGAGGAGCAUCGAGGAGGUGCUGAAGAUGCUCCCGGGACCACACUUCGAGGAGCGCCAGCAGCUGCCCGCCGGGCUGCACAAGAAACGCCAGCAGGGGGAGAACCGGACGACGCUGGUGUUCUUCCUCGGGGGAGUGUCGUACGCAGAAAUCGCCGCUCUGCGUUUCCUGUCUCAGAUGGAAGACAGCGGGAUGGAGUAUAUCAUAGCAACCACCAAACUGCUCAACGGUACCACCUGGAUCAAAUCCCUCAUGGACCGGCCGGAGCUGCAGAGCUCCUGAGUCACCUGCUUGCACACCUGCACACAUCACAGACCCGAUCCACCGUCAGAAGCCCCCCCGCUGCUGUCUGUCUGUCUGUCCCCUGCAGUUGUUCCAUUGAUGUAACGUAA